AUGACCCCAGCCGUGCGAGGGAAAGUCAAGAGCACUGUCAUGGAGGUGGACGAGUGCGUCCACACCUUAACUGAGAGCUUUGAGCCCUUUGCGCCCGAAGCUCGCCCAGGCGAUCGGUUACUGGACCGCUAUGCGGACCGUCUCCACUUCAACAAGCGUGAUCCUACUCAGGAUAGGCGUCCGUAUCUAGACGAGCUCAUCGCGAGAGCGAGGGCCGACCCACUAACAGUACUGGCUGUAACUGAUGGCUCUGUCCCCCAGUCCAACCAGUACCAGGCAGCUUUGGCUGCUAUAAUCUACAAGGGACAUCGCGAGCUCAAGAGGACUCGCUAUGUCUCUGGCAGAGUCACCGCCCCAGAUGCGGAACUCAAUGCCAUCUCGUGUGCAGUGCGCCUUGCUGUCAAGCAGGCAAACUGCCAACAUAUUAUGGUCUUUACUGACUCUAUGGGCUCAGCCCAUAGAGCGGUUGACCCCGGCAUGCAUUCUGGUCAGGCUUUUAGCCUGUCAGUCUGUCGCACUCUUCAAGAGUGGUUUGAGGCGGAUGAUCUCCGCCGCAUUACCUUCGUCUACGUCCCAUCCGCUUUGCGGUGGGAUAUCCAUGGUGAAGCACAUAAGUAUGUCACCAACCUUAAAGUCAGGGUUGGAUGUCUUCUGGAUUCAUGGAGCUCCACUUUCCAGGACCCAUCCUACCAUGGCUCUGAAUUCUUAGAGCUUCAACAGCCUGGGGGCUGCGGUAGCUCAGGUGGCACUAUUGCGGACUUACCCCCAGGCUUGCGUUGA